AGGCGGACUCUCAACCACUGUGCCACCAGGGAAGCCCUGUCCCUAUUUUUGCAAGGAAAUUUGUUUUUAAACUACUUAAUCUUUUUUGUUUGUUUUUUUAGCACUUUUUAUUGAAGUAUACAGAACAGAAAAGUGUACAAGUUACAGGUGUAUGGUUUGAAAUAUCACAAAGUGACCACAUAUAACCAGCAUCAGGAUCAAGAAAGACGGUGUUAUUUGCACCCCAGGCGCUUCCCUUGUGCCCCUUGUCAGUCCUCCCACCCACCAAGUAACUACUGCCCUUUCUUCCAAAGCUGUAGAUAAGUUUUACUUAUUUUUAAGCUUUAUAUAAAUGGAAUCUUAACAUUUAUAUUCUUUUGUGUCAGGCUUCUUAGUAUUCUGUGGUUCCUCCAUUUUGUUGCCUAUAGCAGUAGUUACCCAUUCUCAUUGCACCAUAGUAUUUCAUUGUGCAAAUACACUGUAAUUUUUGCAGUUUGCUAUUGAUGGGUGUAUAUUAGUUUCCUAUUGCUGCUGUAACAAUUUACCAAAUUUUAGUGGCUUAAUACAGUUUUAUUAUCAUACCAUUCUCGAGGUCAGAAAUCCAAAAUCAGCUGUACUAGGUUAAAUUAAACUGUCAGCAGGGCUGGUUUCUUUUGGAGGCUCCAGGGAGCAUGUUUCCUUCCUUUCCAGCUUCUAGGGGCUGCCUGAAUUCCUUGGUUCCUGGCCCCCUCUCCAUCUUCAAAGCCAACAGCAUAGCAUCUUCUACUCUCUGCUUCCAUCACAUUGCUUCUCACUCUGACCCUGCUGCUUCCCGCGUAUCAGGAUCCAUGGGAUUAAACUUUGGCCCACGAGUGGAAUUGCUGGGGAUGGCCACAUCUUUUGCUGUACUCCCAAAGCUUUUGCUGCUCUUUAACUUCAUAUGCAAGAACUGCGGUGCCAGGAUGCUAUGGAAGACCGUGGAAAGAGGCAGAAGAGCUGGAUUACUCCAUUUAUUAAUCCCUUGACUCUACAAACCCCAACCCCUAGAAAACCGCUACACUGAGGGUGCUUUCGUCUGGAGGUGGGGCGAUUCUAAGGAAGGAGGCUGGAGGUGAGAACCCCACCACCAGGAGACGUGGAGACCAGCCACACCAGCCGUUUCAUAAGGACCCGAGCUCAUUGGAUCCUCAGGACAUUUGCACCUGCUGUUCCCUUUCCUUGGGUCUCUCCGCAGAUCUUUACAAGUUAGAAAAGAGACCGUGGGCGAUGGAGAACGGAGCGGUCUACAGAUCCACGACCGAGGCGCACCCGGGGCCCGCCAGAGGCGCCCGGAGCGGCCUCGUCGCCUACUUCAACCUGCGCCGGCUCAAGGGGACCCGGCUAAUCAUCAAACUCCUUCAGCUGGUGCUGUCUCUGUUGGCCUUUAUCUGUGAGGAAGUUGUGUCACAAUGUACUUUGUGUGGAGGCCUUUACUUUUUCGAAUUUGUAAGCUGCAGUGCCUUUCUGCUGAGUCUCCUUAUGCUGAUUGUGUACUGCACUCCAGUUUAUGACAAAGUUGAUCCCGCAAAAGUCAAGUCAUCGGAUUUUUAUAUUACUGUGGGAACAGGAUUGGUGUUUUUGGUGGCAUCCAUCUUAUUCGCUUUGACACAUGACAGUACCCCGGCUGAACUUGCUGCAAUUGUGUUUGGAUUUCUAGCAAGUUUUGUGUUCCUGUCUGACUUUUUCCUUAUGGUCUAUGAAAAACGUAAGGAGCCCCAGCCAAGAAAACCUGAGGCUACUGUUAAUGAACCACUUAAUGCUCAGGGACUCUAGGGAACAGGUGUUACGUCGCCACUGCGUGGUGCCUGAGCCCUGGCAGAAGCUCUUGUAGAGUCUGUCAUUAUUAAACCACUUCUUUUGGAACACAAGGCAGAAAGGCAGUUUGAUCAGUAUUGAUUGGACUGUGUGUCAGUCACCACAAAUUGGGCCAGAGGGCUUUUUGUUUUAAAAAAUAUAUGUGUAUUUUUUGGUAACAGUUGAAACUUCUGUCAGAUGAAGUUUUGUUUUGUUUGGAGGUGAGGGCAAUUGUUUGUUUAAAUCACAUAGCUCAACUGAUGAUAAAUUAUUCUGUCAUUGUUACUAGGCUUAGCUUUCAAAUUACGCUUUAUAGCUGUAUAAACAGCAUGAUUAAGUUUAUCCAUUUAGAAAUGGUUUCAUUUUUAAAUUAACUUGCUUAACUAUAACUUUGCUUUUUGAUGACUUGAUAAAAUUUAAUGUAUAUUUAAGAGAUCAAUAUUUUAAAUGUUGGUCUAGGUUUUUUUCCUUAAAAUGUAAAACCCAGUCUUUCUUUACUGUAUCUCACUCAGACUUAAAAUUAUACUGUAACAUUUUAGGAUAAUAAUAAUUGACUCUUUCUGAGACCUUUUAUAGCCUAAUAGAAAAUGUAUGGGAGAUGUUGAUAUUUUACAUGUUACAAAAGCAAUAGCAUCAGUAACCCCAUGUUCAUACUGUACUUUGCUUGUCAAUAUCUUGUAAAAAAAAAGAUCUUUAUAUAGAAAGAUAGAAAAAUGGAAGAAACUGCUAUCAUGACUAAGGACCAAAGAAAGAUAAGAUACACUUUUGCACAAUGCAGUGAAAGUAGUUAUAAAAGUAGGCCUCAACCACUUCCAGAUGCCUGAAGAGAUGAGUUCAUACUAGAAGACAGAAGAUGGUUUGCUCCCUUUUGCCAUAUGAUUAUUUCUACUGAAGUUAAUACAGCUCUGCAGGUUCUGUUCAGUGUUUUCUUUGGAGCCAAUCUUCUUUUAAAACCCCAAUCUUUGAUUUUUGAUUUGAGAGCCUCCCUCUUCUGUCUCCUUAUAAGAAUGGUCCAUGUACUACUUCAUCAGGCAUAGCUGGGCCUCUGGCUCUGGCUUCCUUGAUGGCAGAUUCUCCGGAAUCUUGGGCCCUUUUAAUUGCAUAGAGUAUAGAGCAGGAUCUUUAGGGUUCUUGUUCCCACAUAGGCAUUGCUCUGGUUUCUCUUCAAAGGAGACCUUUUCUUUUUUUUUUUUUUUUUGCGGUACGCGGGCCUCUCACUGUUGUGGCCUCUCCCGCUGCAGAGCACAGGCUCCGGACGCGCAGGCUCAGCAGCCAUGGCUCACGGGUCCAGCCACUCCACGGCAUGUGGGAUCCUCCCAGACCGGGGCACGAACCCGUGUCCCCUGCACCGGCAGGCGGACUCUCAACCACUGUGCCACCAGGGAAGCCCAGGAGACCUUCUUAAGAAAGUGAAUAUCCAGAGAUUCCUGCCCAGUUUAAUACUGCUGAUGGUGUAAGGGAGUAGUCAAACCAUUCUCAGAAGACACUUCAUACCCAGUUCUGAUAAUUUGGAAGAACUGUCUGUUGCUGGCAGUCUGUCUUAGAGCCAGCCAGCCAGGGCACUUUGAGCAAGACCUUUCUUAAAGUGGGUCCUUUUUUUUUUUUUUUUUUUUUUAAACGGGACCUUUCUGACCGAGUGGUUCACAGACUAGACCUUUCCUGUCCUCCUGGUAGAUUUUUUUGACUCAAGACUGUAGGGCUCAGGCAAUGAGCCCAUGCAUCAGAUCCUUCAGUACUUUGGUGAAAGUCUUCUGGGCUAGUCGGUUUUCUGUCUGAAAGAGUGGAAUCAUGUUUCCAGUGAGGUAGUUUAAUGACCUCAUCCUUUUUAAAUUUCUCAUCUGCCAAUUGUGUGUUGUAGAUGGUUUUCAGACGCAGAUGGCCGGACACAGCUUCUGCUCUUACUGACUUAGAACCUUAUCCAUUUGUAUCAGAGCUUGGAUGCUAGUGCUAGUGGUGAUGUCACCACUACCUGCUUGGGAGAUAAUGAAACCAAUCUUGGAUGCUGUUUUUACUAGGUGUGCUGUCUGAGAGAGGAGAAAUAGCCUGGGUCUUGGGUUCAAAGAUAAGCAGCUUAUGAUAGGCAGGUUCUCAAAUUUCACAUCCAGCUAUACCGUUGUCCUUUUAAGUAUCAUCUGCACCCAGCUAGGAUUCAGAGCAGACCAUCUGGGCUACCUCAGGGUCCCCAGUCAUGCACUGGACUCAGUUGAGUUUGAUGGAAUGUCCUCUGCUGGCCUCACAUCCACAGCAUGUUGGCGUGGAACUUUUAAGCUCUGCUUGUUCUGAGGUUUCACUUCCAUUUGUUUCAUUGGCGCAGAAUGGACCUCUUAGCUGGCCACCAAAAGGUAAUAUCUUCACUGGUAUUUUGGGUCACUCUAGAACCUUUCUUCACAUUGUUUUUUACAGGACCCAUGACUGAUUAGCCUACGUCUUCUAUUGUAGAAGGAGUUAGGAGUAAAAAGGUCUUUGUGGUAAAUAAAAAUUUCAAGGUGAACUUGAAACCAAAGAUACUGUUACUUACAGAAAAGGGCACACUCAGUAAAUUCAAAUGUAAAAUAAUUUUUUAUUAACAUUUAUGGUAAAUUUAUAUUUACACAAAUAGACUGUUUAGAAAGAAUCGUUCUUAAAAAUGAUAAGGGAAAUGCACAUACAGUACAAAAAUUUUAUAAUUGCUAUACUUCUGUUUGGGGACUGGGAAAUGUAUUUUUUACAUUGUUUAUAGCCAAUCAUUUUUGUAUUUAAUAAUUUUAAAUCCUGAGUCUUUUAUAUCUCUCUGUGUCAAAUUUUGUAGUCUUCUUUUUAAAUAAACCCACUUUAUUGUUCACA